CGUCCCGCGCAUACUGCAAACAGCUCUACCCGCGUUCGUUUCGCACUCGCACAGAACCUUAGUGGUAGCAUCGUAGGACCCUUCCAGUAGUUCCCAGUUCCGGAGUAGCAACAGCAUGUGGUCGAAAAUUGGCAUCAGCGGAGCCCUGCUCGUAAUGGGCGGCAUUCUGUCCUCCAGCGUGGUGGACAACUUUGCCUACGUGGACCGCUCCCUGCCGGUGGCCAUGCCCAAAGCCAAAGUUUUCCAAGUGCCCAAGGAGUGAGGAGUGAGCAGGGGGAAUCCCCGGGGAAGCCAGGAUCCAGCAGGCCAGGACAACCAGUUCCCGGAGCAGGGGAACCAGUGCUUUCCACUCGGCCACCGUGGAUUCCUAAUGGCCAGCCAACUACUCCGGCUUGUUGUUAACUUAUUAAGUUCACCGCAAGUGGGAAAUAGUUAAUGCAGGUCUUCAAAACACCCCUUUCCAACCUGCCCUUAAGAACAACAGUAUCACUUCUAAACUAAACUUUAAUUUAUACAAUUGUUUUUUUUUUAUAUUUUGUACGAACUAGUUAGGAACUUCCCCUAUAAGUAAGCAAUAAAGUAUGCAAGUGACGCAUUUGCAUUUAA